GCAUUCAGCUUGCAGCAGUUCAAGAGGCAGGCGGGCAGAGUAGAGGGGGAAGAGCACCAGUAUCUCAUAGGAGGGUACUACACCACGCCUCUCUCUCUCUCGCUCAGAAUCACACACGCUCUUCUAUCACGUCACACACUCAUUUGUGAGGAGGCGUAAGGCUCAGGAGGAGGAACACCACAACUCACGCUGUUUUGCUGCCUAAGCUUUGGAGAGCUGUCUCUUGAAGACUGGACCAGAGCUAUAUCCAUCUCUUCAUCCAUCUUCUCCUUCCUUGCUUUACAUCCUGCAACACAGAAGAAGCUCUUUGUCACCUGCCCCUCAAUCAUCUGGACUGAUCUCUGUCCUCCAUCCAACCUUUGAUCCGUGUGUUUCUCUGCCUAUCUCUGCUCUCCUCCAUUCAGCCAAGAAAUCCAGAGACGCACUCAGAGAGCAACUAACCGACCGAGCGAGAGACCAACCUUUCGACUGCAAUCAUGAACUUCCUCCGUCGCCGGCUCUCUGACAGCAGCUUCAUGUCCAACCUGCCCAAUGGCUACAUGACCGACCUCCAGAGGCCUGACCCACCUGCUCCUCCUCCCCAGACCACCUCCUCUCCUACCCAGCAGGGCCCAGCACCUGCCCCAGCAGCUGUCCCUGCCCAGUCCCCGACCAAAGCUCCAGCACCGUCCCAGGUGCCCGCCAGCUCCCCCGCAGCUCAGGAGCGACGUCCAUCCCAAGUGGCUCAGCAGCCUCAACAGGCCCAGUCCUCCUCCUCCAGUGGUUCCUCUGGCUUCUUCAGCUCCUUCAGCUCCAUCACCAACGCUGUCAAACAGACGGCUGCAUCUGCCGCCGGUUUUGUGGAGCAGUCGGCGCCCUCUCCCUCCCUCUCCAAGAAGUUCAAGAUCCUGUUGGUCAUUGACGAGCCCCAGCACGAGUGGGCCAAAGUGUUUCGGGGAAAGAAGAUCCUUGGAGACUACGACAUCAGAGUGGAGCAGGCCGAGUUCUCGGAGGUCAACCUCAUCUCGCACUCAAAUGGAACCUGUAACGUGGACAUGCAGGUCGUCAGGAGUGGUACCAAAGUGGUCAGGUCGUUCAGGCCCGACUUUGUCUUGGUGCGACAGCACGCCUUCAGCAUGGCGCAGAACGAGGACUUCAGGAACUUGAUCAUCGGCCUGCAGUAUGCGGGCGUCCCCUCGGUCAACUCUCUGGACUCCAUCUACAAUCUCUGCGACAAGCCUUGGGCCUUUUCUCAGCUGAUCAAUAAUCAGAAGAGGUUGGGUUCGGAUAAGUUCCCUCUUAUUGAUCAGACCUUCUACCCCAACUACAAAGACAUGAUUACAACACCAAGCUUCCCAGUGGUGGUGAAGAUCGGACACGCCCACUCUGGAAUGGGAAAGGUCAAAGUGGACAAUGUGAGUGAUUUCCAGGAUAUUGCUAGUGUGGUGGCCAUCACUCAGACUUACUGCACCACAGAACCAUUCAUAGACGCCAAGUACGACAUCAGGGUCCAGAAAAUCGGCGCUGACUACAAAGCAUACAUGCGCACAUCCAUCUCUGGUAAUUGGAAGAGCAACACCGGAUCUGCCAUGCUGGAACAAGUAGCCAUGACUGACAAGUAUAAGCUGUGGGUUGAUACCUGUUCAGAGAUCUUUGGAGGGCUGGAUAUCUGUGCCAUCAAAGCCAUCUGUGGCAAGGAUGGUAAUGACUACAUUACUGAGGUUGUGGGUUCAUCUAUGCAGUUAAUUGGUGAUCACCAGGCAGAGGACCGCCAGCUCAUCUCAGAGGUGGUGAUCACAAAGAUGAACCAAGCUCUGGCUGCCAGGUCGUCCUCUGCUUCCCGUUCACCCGCUCGCUCCCCUCAGGGCAUGAAGCCGACCACUGUGCAGCCCCAGCAGACUGCUGCCCUGAAGGAAGGAGUCGCAGAUCCCAACAGGACCUCAGGCCAGCGCCCUCAACCUCAAGGUGCACCAGUGAAAUCAAAGAGUGUGGACCCAUCAUCAGAGUCAGCUAAGAAAGCAUCUGAACCAGUGCCAAAGCCUGAGCAGGCCCAGAAACCUGGUCCAGGUCCUGCUCAGAGACCAGCUCAGAAGCCAAGCCCGGUCCAAAAGGCCGCCUCAGUCACAAAACCUCCAGUUCCGAGGCCUCCGCCGAUGACGAGAGCCCCAUCUGUCUCAAAGCCAGCCCCAGAUUCUGCUUCCACCCCAGCCAAAGCUUCACCAUCAUCCCCAGCUAAAGCAGCAGCAGCUGCAGCAGCUCCAGCCUCUCCCCCAACCAAAGCAGCCGCAGCUGCCAAAGCUCCAGCCUCCUCUCCAGCUCCAGCCCCAGUCUCUCCCUCACCUCCAGCCCCAGCCCCAGCCUCUCCCUCACCCUCAGCUCCGACAACAGAGCAGCCCAAGCCCCAGCCUCAGGGCUCCCCAUCCCCAGCUCCCGGCAAACCAAAAGAGCUGCCUCCCAAACCCACACCACCUGCAAAGCCCAUCCCACCUGUACGCAGGAAUUCAAGGCCUCAGCUUCAGCCAAAGCCACAAACCCCGCCUCCUCCCAAAGCUGUACCCAAACCCCAGCCCGCCGCACCGGCCCCGGAACCCUCUCCGGCCUCAGAUGCUGCCCAGGCCGCAGCUUCUAUCCCGGCUCAGUCCCCGGCCAAAGCCAGCCAGUCACCGACUAAUGCUCAGUCUCCAGCUAAGGCUCAGCCCCAGGCCAAGCUGGCCUCUCCUUCUGCAGACCCCGAGUCUGACCCAGCCGAGGCAGCUGCGGCCCUCGAUGAGACCCAAGCCCCUGUGGAGGAACAGCCAGCUUCCCAGCAGAAGACCCAUCCUCUGCUGAAUAAGUCACAGUCCCUGACCAAUGCCUUCAACGCUUUCAGCGACUCCUCUUUCUUCCGCGGGGUCUCGAGCUCCGGAGGCGACGGCCAGGAGGAGGCAAAGGCGGAGACCAUUCGCAACCUCCGAAAGUCCUUCGCCAGCCUUUUCUCUGACUAGACACAGCCAACAACAACAACAUCAAAAAACAUAGUCAGCCCCUCGCUGAGUCUGGCCCCCUCUUUUACCUUUGGCCAGCGAUGACUUGAUUGACAUUAAAUGUGAACCAGUCUGAGAUUAAAAUUUGUGUGUUAACUGUUCUGUAUUCCCUCCGUCCCUGGUCUCUCCUCUCCCCCUCCACUUUUCUCUGUGUGAGUAACAGUGAGGCCUGCUGGGUAGGAUGUUCAGUGAAAUGAUGACUGCGCCAGAGUCAUUGGACUGAAGGAGUUACGUCAUUGAAUAAGAAUAGAUUGACUGGAAUAACAAAAUAUUUAUUUUUCCCAGAGCACACCUAAAGAAUACUUUCAGAAAAAUAUAUAAAAGGUAUAUUAUUCUCGACUACAGAUGGGAUGUACAUACAGUAUAUAUACAGUAUAUAAAUAUAAACAUGUAUUAUUAUAAAGGGAGAUAAGCCAAUAUUUCCAAAAUAAAUAAAUCCAGUAACACUUUUCAGUUAGCUUUCGUCAGUGGCAUAACUCUUUCACUCAUUGGCUGGAUUUAUACACAUUUAAAAAAAAUAAUCAGAUAUAUGAUUGUUCCUCCUCACACACACACACACACAGACAGUGAAUUUGCUUUGGGUCAGUAAGUGAAAUUGCUCAUGUUAAUCCAGCUCGUCUCUCUGGUCCUUGGCCUCGUCAUCAUUGCCCCCCCCCUCUUUUUUUUUUUUUUGUCUCUGAAGUUCGUUGUCGUCUGAGGAAGCUGGAGAUCCGUGUGUGUGUGUGUUCACCUGUGUUCAGUUGUUAUGCAUGGCUCCUCCAAGUGGUUCGGUGUGACUUUGGAGCAGUAGGGAGCUCCAUCAGUGUUGAGUUUUGCCCUCCGUUGCCUCUCGCUCUCUCUCUCUCUAGAUGUUGUAGCCUUAUUGUGAACAACUCACAGCUAUGUUUGUUAGUUGUGCAGAUCUGAGUCAAUGACGGCAUGGGAUCCAUUCAUUUACCUGAAUUAGGAAACGAGUGAAGGCUUGAUCGAUCGACGCCUCGUUAGUUUUUAGAGCUGUGGGUUUGUUCCAAAUGUGCCAGACUGAGCAAAUCAAUCCUUCAAGGUAAAUGAAUGCAUUUCAAACAGUCACUCAUGUCUGUUGCUGUGACUGGUGAUAUAUUGUUUCACCUCUGUGUAAAUCUAUCAACAGUAUUGUACUUUGUUGAUUAUUCUCAUAAAAAGACAUUGAGACAGUAGUGCAAUAACACCUCGACAUGACUGUUGAGCACUGUCAACCUGUUAUAAAUAUAUAUAUGACCAUACAUACAUACAGGACCUGUGUAUCUGUCAAAUACCUUCUUCUUACAUUGCCCUUUAAGAUUCCUUUCAGUGGCGACUCUCCAGGUUGCUUUGUACUGCCGUUGGAUGUCAGGGUUUCGAUUAAUAUGCCAUAUUACAGUGUUGGUUUUUCAGGACUGAAUUUAAGGCAACCUGGGAUGAACCUGCCCAAAACUUGACUGGUUGUUUUCAGUUGCUGCAUUUCAAGUCCAUAUGUGUAGAAAAUAUUUAAAAAAUACAUAAAGAAAUCACGUAACUACUGCAUAUCAACCUCUCUGCUUCUCCAUCAUUAGUACUAUGUUGCAAGUAGAUUAAAACAUAUUGUAUUUGUAUGUAUGAACGUGUCAUCUCAGGAGUUUAUUUUUUGUAAUAUAUUGACUGAUUUAUUUUUUUGAAGUCCCAUAUUUAUGGUAUAGUAUAUUCUUUGUUUUGUAUUGUGUUUUUAUUUGUAAUGCAAUACUGCUUUGCAUGA